AAGCAAAAUAAUAACAUGGAAUUGAUUUCAGUUAAUAAUUUAUUUUCAUAUCGGACGGUUUAUAAGAGUUUUAUUAAGGAAAUGCUUAAAAAUACGAGUACAGUUUUUCGACAAAAAUCGGGAUUAGCUUGUGUUCUAAGGAAUCUUGCCACAGAGGCUAGUUUAAAGAUAACAACAGCAACAGAAGAAAUUCCAAGUUCAACUCAGGACCUAGAAUGGGUCAGUGCACGGCCUUAUAAUGAGAUCCCAAGACAAUCGAAAUAUGACUUCAUUCGUUCUUAUUUACCUGGAGGACGAUUUCGAAAUACAUCAGCAACAGAAACUGCAUUGACAUUAAAAAAAGAACUCGGUGAAUUAUUUGUGGUACCUGGUAUUUUUAGAAGAUCGGACAUUUUGAUGGUUCUUAAUCCCGAUCACAUUGAAAAGAUCUAUCGUACUGAAGGAAUUUGGCCUGGCCGUGAUGGAUUCGAAACAGUAGCGUAUUUUCGAAAUGUUCUGAAAAAGGACUUUUUCGGAGACACUUCUGGUCUUAUUGUAGCGCAAGGAGAAAGCUGGGGAAGACAAAGAAGUGCUGUAAAUCCCGUAAUUGUGCAACCACGUAAUGUCAAACUCUACAUAAAGUCAUUGAUUGAUGUCAAUGACGAAUUUGUUCAAAGAAUCCGUGAUGUAAGAGAUCCAAGUACAUUUGAAGUUCCAGGGAGUUUUGAAGAAGACUUAAACAGGCUUACAUUUGAGUCAAUAACUUCGAUUGCUCUAAAUCAAAACUUCGGACUUGUACGACGGGAAAAAGAGCACCCUGAGGCUCUGAGGAUGUUCAAAAAUGUUCGUGAUUUUUUCAUCUAUAUUUACGAGCUCGAGAUGAAGCCAUCGAUGUGGAAAAUGGUCCGAACACCAAUGUUUAACAAAAUGAUGAAUUGUCAAGAAGAGAUUUUCGAGACAACCAAUAAAUUUGUAACGGAUGCUAUGAACGAAUUGGAAAGAAAGAAGUCGUUGGGUAUUUCGUCUGAAAAUCAGGAGCCAAGUGUACUUGAGAAACUCCUGAAGAUUGACAAGAAAGUCGCUAUUGUUAUGACCAUGGACAUGUUACUUGCAGGAGUUGAUGUGACGAGCACAGUUUUAGCUGGCUUACUUCUGACACUCGCUAAGAAUCCAGCAAAACAAGAUAUUCUCAGGGAAGAAGUUUUCAAAAUCCUACCACACAAAGAUUCACCACUGAGUGUUGAGUCCAUGAAAAAUAUGCCUUACCUACGAGCUUGCAUCAAGGAAUCGAUGCGAUUCUAUCCAGUUGCUGCGGGAAGUUUUCGCACUGCUGGUCGAGAUAUUGUUUUGGGCGGCUAUCAAGUCCCUAAGGGCACCAAUGCAAUUACCAAUAGUUUCUUAAUGCUCUUGGACGAAAACUACUAUUCCCGACCUAAUGAAUUCAUCCCAGAACGAUGGUUGCGUAAGAACAGCAAUAGUUCGGAAAUAAUUCAAGACAAUAGCCAUCCGUUUAGUUUCUUGCCUUUUGGAUUUGGACCAAGAAUUUGUGUUGGCAAGCGAAUUGUUGAUAUUGAGUUGGAGGUGUGCAUGGCUAAGUUAAUAAGGAAUUUCAAAAUCGAGUACAAUCACCCAGCGGAAAAUGCAUUUAAGCAAUAUUUUGUGAAUAUUCCAGCUAUACCGCUUAAUUUUAAGUUCACUGACAUAAAUGUUUAGGUUUUUAAUUUAUUUUAAAUGGUUUAUAAGAAAAAAAUGUAACAAAUUUUAAAUACUCUUUUAAUUAAAUGUUUAAAUUGAA